AUGGAAUUCCUGCUCGCAUGGGUCACGCUCCUCAAGUCUGCCGGAUAUCGCAACCCAGCUCUCUUUGCUCUGGAGUACACCUUGGUUCCAGAUGCCACAUACCCCACCCAACUCCACGAGGCAGUCGCUGGAUACGAACACGUACUAUCUCUCGCUCAAUCAUCAGCACGUAUAGUGGUAGGUGGCGACUCAGCCGGCGCCACCCUAAUCCUCUCUUUCCUAUUGUACAUAUCCGAACACCCCGAGCUGCGCCACCAAAAGCCCGGUCUCGCAAUCAUGAUAUCACCCUGGGUCACCAUUGUAUCCAGCAACAACCGCAAUACCGCUUCCGACUACCUCAACUCCGCAACCCUCAAGCUCUACGGCAUGCAAUACAUUGGCGACAAAGUCUCUCCUUCUGAUCCCAUCGUGUCACCGGGGUAUUGCAAAGACGUGAAGAAGUGGAAAGAAGCUAGUCCAGAGCACGGAUGGUACUUUGUAUACGGAAGUGAAGAAGUGCUUGGCCCAGAAACCAGGCGGCUGAUCACAUUGUUGAAAGAAACGGGCAAAGAAGUGGAAGUUUGGGAGGAGAAGGGCGGGAUUCACGCAUGGCCUGUUGCUAGUCUUUAUCUUGGGGAAACUAGAGAAGAGAGGCUAGCUGGAUUAAAGAGUAUUGUUAAAGCUACGAAGGAGAGUAUAUAA